AUGGUCCAGAGCCAGGUAUUUAUUGCUCCUUCCCUUUCUUCCGGGUAUCGGGGGCUGACGCUGGUGCUGACCUUCCUCUGCUACACCAGCUACCACCUCUCCCGAAAACCCAUCAGCAUCGUCAAGGUUAGCUCCAACCUCGCCCCAGCCGCGGGGAGAGGGGGACAUGGGGAUGGGGACAACUACAAGGAGCUUUUCGGGGCGCUGGAUAAUGCCUUCCUGGUGGCCUAUGCCAUCGGGAUGUUUAUCAGCGGCAUUUUCGGGGAGCGCCUCCCCCUGCGCUACUACCUUUCAGGGGGGAUGGUGCUGAGCGGGCUCUUCACCGCGCUCUUCGGCCUCGGCUACUUCUGGGACAUCCACGUCCUCUGGUACUUCAUCGUCGUGCAGGUCUGCAAUGGGCUGGUGCAGACGACCGGCUGGCCCUCCGUCGUGGCGUGCAUCGGGAACUGGUUCGGGAAGGGAAAGAGAGGUUUGAUCAUGGGCAUCUGGAACUCGCACACCUCCGUCGGCAACAUCUUGGGGUCGCUCAUCGCCGGCGUCUGGGUUUCCUCCGCCUGGGGCCUGUCCUUCAUCGUGCCCAGCAUCAUCAUUAUCACCAUGGGCAUCAUCUGCUUCUUCUUCCUCGUGGAGUAUCCCGAGGACGUCGGCUGCAGUCCGCCUCUGCAUCACAUGGCAUCUGACGAGGCGGACGCUGGAGGGGUGACCUCCAGUGAGAAGGAUCCCGAAGCGGUCACCUCCAACGAGGGGCCACUGAGCGUCUCAAGCCAGAGCAGCGUGGAUUGCUCCAACAGCCCCGAGGAGCCAACUGAGGAGCCCGAAGCCAUCAGCUUCCUCGGGGCGCUCCAGAUACCCGGCGUGGUGGAGUUCUCCCUUUGCCUGCUCUUUGCUAAGCUGGUGAGCUACACCUUCCUCUACUGGCUGCCCCUCUAUAUUGUGAACGUUGCUCAUUUCGGUGCCAAGGAAGCCGGGGACCUGUCGACCCUCUUUGACGUUGGGGGCAUUUUAGGGGGGAUCUUCGCCGGCCUCAUCUCCGACUACACUGGCGGCAGGGCCACCACGUGCUGCGUGAUGCUGGUCAUCGCCGCUCCCAUGCUGUUCCUGUAUAACCAUAUCGGCCAGAAUGGCAUCGGCACAUCAAUAGCGAUGCUGAUCGUCUGCGGCGCUCUGGUUAACGGGCCCUACGCUCUCAUCACGACAGCGGUUUCGGCAGAUUUGGGAACCCACGAGUCUCUCAAAGGAAACGCCAAAGCCCUUUCUACCGUCACGGCCAUCAUCGAUGGCACGGGAUCCAUAGGUGCCGCGCUAGGGCCGCUGCUCGCAGGGCUCAUCUCCCCCACGGGCUGGAAUAACGUCUUCUACAUGUUGAUAGCAGCCGACGUCUUGGCUUGCCUGGUAGGUCCCUCCCUGGCAGGAGUCAUUUUGCUACCCUGGCUAUCCAACAGCUCCCUUUUAGCCACCCACUUGCCGGCAGCCCGUGGUGAUCCUCCACUUUUCCUCUUGCAGCUCCUCGCUCGGGUGGUGGUCAAAGAGGUCCGCGGGUGGUGCGGCUGCAUAGCGAGGAAGAGAGGCUCUAGUGUGCAGCUAACAGAGUCAGUGCUGGAUGGGAAGUAG